ACGUGAAGCUAACAUGUUGUAGUAGUUUCAUCAACCGCUUCAUAUUGCGAACAACUCUCUUUCUUGCUCUCUCUCUCCCCUCUCAUAGGAAAAAGGAAGAAGAGAGGACAGAAACAAAGAGAAAAAAAAAAAAAAAAGAGACGAAAGUGAAAACAUAAUGUUAUGUUUCAGAUCAAACGCUUAUGCCUUGUUUCUUGUUUUCCUUUUCUUUUUGUUUCUUUUCAGACAUGAAGUGGUUUCUGAAGCCUCAGAUGUCCGAACUUUGCACAUCCCAGGGUAUUAUAAAAGUUUUGUCUUUGGGGGGAGAGAGCACAGUGAAGUGUUGCCAUGGAGGAAGAUAGAAAGGAGGAAUCUUGCAGAGGGUAGUGAAGCAGACAACUCAUCUUUGAUUUUGGCUGAAAAGAGGACUUAUAGGAGAGACCCUCUUAAUGAUUUUAAGAAGUACACUGGUGGCUGGAAUAUCAGCAAUGAACACUAUUGGGCUUCUGUGGGUUUUACGGCGGCUCCUUUCUUUGCCAUUGCUGCAGGCUGGUUUGUGAUAUUCGCACUAUGCUUGUGCAUCAUAUGUAUCCGACAUUGUUGUUGCCAACUAAAUUCUUACGGCUACUCUCGGACAGCUUAUGCACUAUCUCUUAUUUUCCUCGUACUCUUCACCAUUGCUGCAAUUGUCGGGUGUGUUGUGCUAUACACUGGUCAGGGAAAAUUUCAUGCCAGCACAAUGAACACACUGGAUUAUGCUGUUAAUAAGGCAGAUGUUACUGCUGAAAACCUCAGGAAUGUGUCAGAUUAUCUUUCUGCGGCUAAAAAAAUUACUGUCGAUUCAACUAUUCUAUCACCAGAUGUCCAAAAAAGCAUUGAUGAUAUUGACAAGAAGAUCAACUCUUCUGCUUCGACUCUUUCCCGUCAAACAGGCGAUAAUAAAGACAGAAUUCAACAUGGCUUGGACCAAAUGAGGUUCGCUCUUAUUGUUGUUGCUGCUGUGAUGCUCUUUUUGGCAUUUCUUGGAUUCUUAUUCUCCAUUCUUGGAUUGCAGUUUCUGGUAUACACGCUGGUGAUCCUUGGUUGGAUUCUUGUUGCUGGCACAUUUAUUUUGUGUGGAGUAUUUCAUCUCCUUCACAAUGUCGCAGGAGAUGCAUGCGUUUCUAUGGAUGAAUGGGUCCAGAAUCCCACUGCCCAUACAGCGUUGGAUGACAUUCUGCCAUGUGUGGACAAUGCAACAGCCCAAGAGACCCUGUUAAAAACCAAGAAUGUCACUUACCAACUUGUAAAUGUUGUGAAUGCUGUCAUCAAUAAUGUCGUUAACCAAAAUUUCCCACCAGCAUCGACGCCUUUAUAUUACAAUCAAUCUGGUCCAUUGGUUCCAGUUCUCUGCAACCCGUUUCAUUCUGAUCUCACAGACCGUCUGUGUGCAUCUGGUGAAGUUAGCUUGUACAAUUCCUCAGAGGUUUGGAAGAAAUAUACCUGUAACAUUUCUACAUCCUCCGGGAUUUGCACUACACCUGGGCGGCUGACGGCUCAAAUUUACAGUCAGAUGUCAGCUGCAGUGAAUGUCAGUUAUGGUUUGUAUCGCUAUGGUCCAUUCCUAGUUAAUUUGCAAGACUGCACUUUUGUGCGUGAUACAUUCACAGAUAUCAGUCAUGAUUAUUGUCCUGGUCUGCGGCGCUAUAGUCAAUGGAUCUACAUUGGAUUAGUAAUUGUAUCUGCUGCUGUGAUGCUGUCAUUGGUCUUCUGGGUAAUCUACGCAAGAGAGAGAAGGCACCGUGUUUAUACUAAACAGUAUGAUGCUAGAUCAGAAGGCCUAUACAAGGGGCGUUAGUAUUCCAAAGCCUAGUUAGCAGGUUGUAAUCUGCUCUAAAUAUCUGGAGUAACAUACAUUGCAAAAUUUUGUACAUUAUACUUGUUGUCCUUAGGCUUGAAUCUUUGUGCAAUGCAGUCAUAGCAACGCACAAGUUAAUUACUAAAUUAGUGCUUGGAAGCCUCUUCUGGGAGGAAUGACUUAUUUACCUCAGUUCAUUUUCUCUAAGCAUGAAAGUGUCUCUUUUAAAGAGCAGAAAACGAUUCUAUUCUGUUAAUAUGAAGCUAGACAAUGUUUACAAACAA